AUGGUUUCGAGGGAACAGAAGAGAGGUUCUUUGAAAGAAAAGUUUCAAUUGCUUCGUUCAAUCACCAAUUCUCAUGCUGAAAACGAAACAUCGAUCAUCAUGGAUGCAUCGAAAUAUAUCCAAAAGCUUAAGCAGAAAGUCGAAAGAUUCAAUGAAGACACUACCGCAGAGCAAUCUUCAAGCGAGCCCACCGAUCCCACCACACCAAUGGUAACAGUGGAAACCCUAGAAAAGGGUUUUAUGAUAAACGUAUUCUCUGGGAAAAAUCAGCCAGGCAUGCUUGUUUCGGUGUUAGAAGCCUUUGAGGAUAUUGGGCUUAACGUUCUUGAAGCUAGGGUUUCAUGUACCGACUCAUUUAGCUUGCAUGCCACGGGAGUCGAGAAUGAAGAUGGAGAAAGUAUGGAUGCUGAAGCAGUGAAACAGGCAGUGACAGAUGCAAUCAGGAGCUGGGGUGAAAGCAAUGAUCCACAGAGCUAG